UAUACACUGAGGAUUUGCGUCUAUAUCCUAUGGCAUUGGUCGCUUUGUGCAAGCGUACAAUAGUAUGCUAGCAAACAGAGCCAUAAAUGUUAGCGUGACGAGCGCAGCAUAGGCAUACGUCGUGUCUCCGGUCACGUUAAAAGUAUAGCCUAGCCCAAACGUCCAUUCGGUCUCUUUUGACAGGCAGCAGAUCUGCAUUCCUGGCUAACAGAAGUUGCAACAUACGCUUUUACUCUGACAGCGGGGACUCUAAUUGCUGGCACGAUGGACGAUGAACUGUACCAGGAAUUCGAAGGACUGCGAAUUUUGGAUCUGUACCACGAGGAAUCGCUCAGCUCGGCGAUAAGAUAUAAUCCUCAAGACGGAGACGUCAUUCUCGUGACGUACCCGAAGAGUGGCUCCAACUGGACGCAGUUCAUCCUUUGGAACAUACUGACACGGGGGAAGCAACCUGAUGACGUCGGUGAAUUCGGCCUGCUAUCUCCGUUCCUUGAAGUGACUGGAGCGGGGGUAGCGGAACACCCAGCGAAGAUUGGCCCCAUAGCCACUCACCUGCCUUACAAUGUCUUGAAACCGGUGGACCACGCAAAGUACGUCUACGUCGCCCGGAAUCCUUAUGACUGCGCCGUCUCUUUGUACCACUUCGUCAAGGGACUCACACCGACGACAUACACGGACGUUUCUUUCGAAAAGUUCCUCUCAUUGUUCCUCACAGGAAAGGCAUUUUAUGGUGACUACUUCGACCACGUUCUACCAUGGUACGAACACAGACACAAGUCCAACAUCCUAUUCAUCACGUACGAACAGCUCAAGGCCGACACAGGAGGAAUGAUUCAAAAGAUCGCGGAUUUCCUUGGUGACGAACACGGCGCCAGCCUGCGCAAUGACGACACUAUCCUUCCAAGAAUAUUGGAUAACUGCAGUAUAGAGAGCAUGAGGGCUUUCUUGACGGACGCAGUAGUAGACAGGCUGAAGAAAAUCGCCAAGGUAGCAUCAGAGAAGCAAUAUAAAUCCUUCAAGUUAUUCGAGAAGCCACAUCAGGCGAACGUACAAAUGCAUGAGGGUGGUGGCUUUGUUCGCAAAGGAAUAGUGGGGGACUGGAAAAAUUACUUUACACCAGAACAGGUGGAACGCACGAAGAUGUGGAUCACGGCAAAGGCUGGAAAAAGUGACUUCAUGUCACUUUGGGAUGACUUGUGCCUGCCAUAAAGAGUUGGCAGUGAGCAGUAUUUCAAGCCUCAGAAUAGUGCUGGUAUGAACGUAUCAUAAUUGAUUACUCGUUAAAUGUUUGGUAAAUCCGAUAGUUAGGCGCUGCCAAAUGCGAAAUAGUAUUGGCAUCGUAUGCAUCAAUUUAAACUUUAGGUGCACGGAUAUAAAAUCUAUGCACAAACAACGCCAGACUCCUUCACUGUGCCCGGAGAAAGAAUGGAUGAUCUGUGUUUCACAGAAGGAAAGGACCUGGGGGUCUGGCCUCUCAGUUCAUCAGCGACAGACGAGUGCCCAACUUCAGACAAACUGCUCAUAAAUGCGCAUAAAUGAUCGGAAUUCGGAGUUUAUCUUUCCCUGUUGCUAUCCUAAAUUCCCCUCUGAACCCGUAGGGCCUCAAACUGGAUUAAAUAAAGUCAACCUCACUGCGUUUCCAUCCUUCCAUCUCUCGCUGUUUGUCUAUGUUUCCUUUUUGCUUUAUGACUUGAACACUGUUAAUAAAAAUCUAAUAUUCCGAAAAUGUUUUCAUUCAUACCCUUCUAAAAUAACACAUUGGCCAUGAAUGAACACUUUGUAAUGAAUAUAAAAUAAUACAA